AAGUAAUUAUUUUAUGAUUAAUCAUCCAAAAAAAUAUGAAGUUUAUUACAAAGAAAAAAAAAUUUAUGCAUUAGUUCCUGAACAAAAAAGAUACACUGUUCAUAAUUAUGAUAAACCCGAUAAAGUUAAAAUAUAUGAAAUAGAAAAACGCUUUAGAAAGGCAAUUGAAACGAUUAUUAAAUCAGAAGAAUAA